AAAAAAACUUACUAACUUUCCAUCCCUCUAAACCUAAAAUCCCUAAAACCCUCACACAUACAAACACUCACUCGCCGGAAAAAUGGAAUCCACCAACCUCCAAAUCCUCCAACAACCACCACAAACCACCAUAACUCCGCCGCGUCAACCAAAACGUUUCAUAAAAAACCAAAUCCCCGACUCAAUAACCAACAAUCCAUCCUUAACCACCGCCAUCUCUCUACUUCCAUCCAACUACAAUUUCGAAAUCCACAAAUCAAUCUGGCGCGUCCAAUCCACCUUCGCCAAGCGCGUGGCCUUACAGUUCCCUGAAGGCCUUUUAAUGUACUCGUUAAUCAUUUCCGACAUCAUAACAACUUUCACUGAAGCCGAAAACUGUUUUGUGUUAGGUGACGUCACGUACGGCGCGUGUUGUGUAGAUGACCUUUCAGCUCACGCGCUUGGCGCCGAUCUGUUGAUUCAUUACGGCCAUAGCUGCCUCGUUCCGGUAGAUCAUACCGUUAUUCCUUGUUUAUAUAUUUUUGUUGAUAUAAAAAUCGAUAUUAAUCGGUUAGUAGAAACCGUAAAAUUGAAUCUAGAUGAUGAUAAUUUUGAUGAUAAAAAUUCUGGUAGUGAUUUAAUUUGUGAAAGUAGAAGUAAAAAAAGUAUUAUUGUUGCUGGAACUAUACAGUUUGGUACCGCGAUUAGAGGUGCGAAAACCGAAUUAGAAAAGUUAGGGUUUAGAGUUUUGGUGCCGCAAACGAAGCCGUUAUCGGCUGGUGAAGUGUUAGGAUGUACGGCGCCUACGGUGAGGGGGUUAAAGGGUGAGGAUAUGAGUGAGAGUGUUUUGGUUUUUGUAGCGGACGGUAGGUUUCAUUUAGAAGCGUUUAUGAUAGCGAACCCUAAGAUUAAGGCGUUUAGGUAUGAUCCGUAUAUGGGGAAGUUGUUUUUGGAAGAGUAUGAUCAUAAAGGGAUGAAAGAGUGUAGGAUGAACGCGAUAAUGAAGGCGAGGAAAGCGAAGAAUUGGGGGAUUGUGUUGGGGACGUUAGGGAGGCAAGGGAAUCCGAGGAUACUUGAUAGGUUGGAGAAGAAGAUGGGGGAGAAAGGGAUGUCGUGGACGAUUGUGUUGAUGUCGGAGUUGUCUCCGACUAGGAUUGCUUUGUUUGGUGAUUCGGUUGAUGCUUGGAUUCAGAUUGCGUGUCCUAGGUUGUCUAUUGAUUGGGGGGAUGCGUUUGUUAAGCCGCUGUUGACUACCUUUGAGGCGGAAAUUGCUCUUGGGGAUCUUCCUGGUUGGUGGGAGAAGAAAACGGCGGGUAAAAAUGAUUCGGAUUUGCAUUUGAGUUCUGGUUGUAAUGAUGGUGGAGAUUGUUGUAGAAAGAGUGAGAAAUGUUGUGGAAAUAAUGACGGUGGUUUGAAAGGUGUUGAAGAGAACGAUGUUGAUUAUCCGAUGGAUUAUUAUUCUCAGGAUGGAGGAGAGUGGAAUUCGUGUUACUCUAAGAAGCCAACACGCCCGCUAAGUAAAAACAAUGUCUUGAAACAAUAAGUUGUUGAAGUCUUAUUUCAACUCUCCGAAUGUAUUGUAAUACUAAAGAAAUGAUACGAUUAUGAGGUUGGUCCUCCAUUUUUGUUUCUGCAACUGUGAUUCAAUAUAGCAUUCGUAUUUUGAACUUUUUUGUCUUUACUAGCGAGCUUUAGAAUAUUGAUGUAGGAUUGUAAUGGUUGCGGAUGACACUAGUGUUAUUGUACAUCUCCUUUUGUAGUAAAAUUCAUCCCCCAGUCGAUAUCGA